AAUACUCCCAACUACUAUAUUCAAAGAGAGUUGAGAAACCACUCUUCAACAUUGAAGCCAUGGUGUCCCUUCACAAAGCUUUGACAGAGAGCCCAAAAACACAAGCUUCUAUUGCAGAAUUUCAAGCUUUACCAAAGAAGAGAAGCUGGGAAGAUACACUCACCAAAGAAUUCUUCAAAGAUCACACUGAUGCAGAGAAAAGUAAACCCAUCUUUGACAUAGAGCUACACCUCAAGACACCAUUGCCUUCAGAUAAAUGGCAACAAUAUCUCAGUAUUCAGUCAGGGCAGAUACACUUCUGUAACACAAGGAUGGAUAUGAAAACACCAGACUCUCAGAGUCAAUGCGGACCACAAUUUAAAACCCUGCCUGAGUAUGAAGAGGCAUCUCUUGGUCAAAUGAGCUUAGACCUUGAGCUGAACUUGACAUGUGAAUCAGUGAAGAAGAUCAGGAAAGAAGACAGCGAUGACAUGAGUGAGAAGAAGAAGAAUUCUGGUUCCCUCUUGAUUGAAUCAAGCAAUAACAAAAAGGAUUCAUGUGUUUUAACUCAAACUCCAUCAUGGUUAUCAUCAGAAGGUGAUGAUCACAAUGAGAUGAUCGCAGCAGUUUGCAUGAGGUGUCACUUGUUGGUGAUGCUUUGCAAAUCAUCUCCUUCAUGCCCAAACUGCAAAUUCAUGCACCCACCAGAUCAGAGCCCUUCACAGUUCUUGAAGAGAAGAAGGUUCAGCCUCUUGUGCUGAUCAGCAACUAGCAGAAACUUAUUCAAUAAUUCUAAGCUUUGUCUUUUAAUUCCCUUAUGAAUAGACUAAGUUUCUCUUUAUAUUGUAGCUAUAUGUUCCAAACAAAGGGUGGUGUUUAUUCUACUACCUCUAAAUUAGUGGUAAUUUGACUAUUAGAAUGAGUGCCAAUAUUGGUGUAACUAACCUAGUGUGUGAUGAUCAUAUUUUUGUACAAAUUUGAAUUAGAGUGUUCUUCAUUAUCCUUAAUUUAUGUGUGUUGUCUA